UGUCACGAAGUGAGGAAACAGUCACUUUCUUUAGCUUUCGCUUUCUGUUGACUGUAAACGGUGAGUAUCAUUUUUACGAAGGUAGAGUGAAAAUAUGAUCUAGGAUAUUUUGUUUUGGUUAAAUUGACGGCUGACUUAAGCAACGGUGGACACUUUACACCAAAUUAUUUCAGUCAAUCAUCUAUCGUGUGAAUCGACCAGUUCAAAGGUAAAGUCAUGUCAGUUUUACUGAAGGAAAUAAGGAGCACCGACCCAGAAGCAGCCCGUGUGUUGAAAGAGGCAGACUUGCACACUGACUCGGAUAUCCAGUCACUGACUCGAGAAGACCUGCAUGAGCUGUUUCCUGGACCUAAGAAACUUAAAAUGAGAAGGACCAUCUUUGAAAUAAUUCACAAGCAGAAGCCAAUUGAUGUGCUGAUAAGAGAUCUGAAAGGUUUCAUCCCACAUGAAUCUUUCAGGGCUGCUCUAACUAACAGUGGGGUCUUGGUUGAUUACCUCCGUAUCCUGAAGGACAUGAAGACCCAGAUGAAUUGUGUCCAGAGUUUCCUUGAUGCUCAUAUUGGUCUUCUGGAAGAAUUCAGCCAAAAUCAGCCAGCUCAGGAAUCUGACAAAGGCUCUUUGUCAGGUACAAGUACCUCAGACAACUGUCGUCCAGGGGAGCCCUACAAUUUCCAAACUGGUGGCCAUCCACACGGAUCUCAAAACACAGAUACCUCAGACGCCAGUGGUCCAAAGGUGCCCUAUUCUACUGGCCCAACUGGUGGCCAUCAAAGAGGUUUCUCCACCGUGUUGUCUACACAGGACCUUUGGGAAGCGAGGUACCAGAUGUUUAUUAGCGGUCAAACCUUUGGUGCCCAUCAACAGCUGAUGGACAAAGUGAAAGAUCAAGGUCAGGCUUGGUUUUCUCACCGCUGUAAGUUCACUGAAAGCAGUGAGGAUUACCAGAUCACUAUUGUCUUCUGCCCAAUCAGUUCACGCAUUGGCUCAGAUGUUGAAGCAGCCAUGACUGAUGUUAAAGGAGAUAAACCUGUCAUUCUGGUGUUGAUGCACCACACACAUGAGGUCAAGUAUACAACAUCUAGGAGAACAUGGAAUUAUGACACUAAAGUUGUGUUGCAUGUCAACGUUUUCUACCACGAGACCGUGCGUGGAUUACUGAAGUGUCCAGAAAAUGAUCAUGCUGUCUCUGAGAUACGAAACAAAUUACUGGAGUACAAUGUUAGACGUAAAGAUACCAGUGGAAAUGCUGUGGGUGUGACUGGUUGGAGUGGUAGUACUGGUAGUACACAUGUCAGUGGUGAUGGUAACAACAAGGGUUCUAACCAUGACAGUAGUGGCGGUUUAUUUAAUUUCUUCCGAAAGUAGAGUUGGCAGUGUUGUUGGUGGUCAUGAUGGUAUUAUUUCAGUUCACAUCACAAGUAAACAAUAUGUAAUGGAUUGAAUCAACAGCAAAAAUAUAACAGCAAAUUUGAUUGAUUUAGACCAUUUACAGAUUGCAGAAAACUUUUUAUCCUCCAUGGUAAAAUUAGAUCAGCUACUGAUAGUGGUUGAUUGAUGUUAAUAUUCAUGUUAAUCAUGGGUGUAAAUAACUAAACACAGAGUUCUCUACACAUGUCAAGCUAUUGAAUUUCUAAAGCUACAUUAUGUGACUUGUGUUUUGGCAAUUUUGGUGCAAUUUUUUGAUCUGACUGAUAAAAUAUCAGUCAGACUUUAUAGAUCAAAGAAAAAAAUGUUUUUAAUUGCAUUGCAUUUGAGCUGCCAUUGGGCAUCAGACUUUAUGGAGAGUGUUGGUUUAGUUUAAAUGGGACCAUCUUAUAAUAAAACACAAUUCUUAUAAAUGUCCAGUGUUCAGUUCUCCAGUUGCUUCAAACACAUCAAGUAUAUAUACUGUUGAUAGUGUGCAAUGGGUUUGUGCUUUGUAAUGAAAACAAGGAAUAGAAAACUAAGACGCAAAGCCAGUGUGGUUGUGUACUCACAGCCUUGACUGCUGUGCUGCUGUUUGAUCUUUGUAAUUUUGUUAUUGCUAGUGAGGCUAAUAUUUACCAUUUCUGUAUGUUUCUGUAUAUAUUAAGACUUGCAAAGGCCACAAAGCUCAUUGUGUAUUUAUCUAGGAUGGCUACUAAACAAUUAAUUCAAAAAUAAAUAUUAGAAAUAAAGAUAAUAUUUGCUUUUUAGCAUGAAUGUUAAAAUCGUGUUGCAGAACGUGUAUAAGGCGUGAUGAUUAAUAAACCUAAAACAUUCAUUAAA